ACAUGAGGAUGAGGAAGAAAGAAGUGAAGGGCAGGAUAGACUUAGCCAGGAGGAAAAUAUUGAAGGCUCGAUUCAGGUUUCCAUGGAGACAGAGCCGUCGUCCCCUGGGCGAGACGUUGAUAUGAAGACAGUUACUCCCAGUGACACACUGAUUCGCCGUUCCAUUAGCCAGCAGAAGUCGGGUGUGAGUAUCACCAUUGAUGACCCAGUCCGCACAGCCAAACAGCCCUCUCCUCCUCGUGGCAAGCUGUCUAACAUUGUCCAUGUCUGCAACCUGGUGAGGCCGUUUACCCUGGGGCAGUUGAAGGAGCUGUUGAACCGCACAGGGACUGUAGUGGAGGAAGGUUUCUGGAUUGACAAGAUUAAAUCUCACUGUUACGUCACA